AUACCUGAGGAGGCAACCAAAGCCGUUCACACCCCUCUCUCUUCUUCAAAACGCACCCUAUUCUUCCCUAUUUUGCAUCGCAUUUGUUCUUGAAUCUCUUUGGUAUUCUCCUCAGAGCCUCUCAUCAGAGAGAGAGAGAGAGAGAGAAAGUGAGAGAUGGACAGAAUGUUCCCUCCCAAGAAGCCCUCAACUAUGAAUUCCCAUGACAGACCCAUGUGUGUUCAAGGGGACUCGGGUCUUGUCCUCACCACUGACCCAAAGCCUCGCCUUCGUUGGACUGUUGAACUCCAUGAACGCUUUGUUGAUGCUGUUACUCAGCUUGGAGGGCCUGAUAAGGCCACUCCUAAAACAAUCAUGAGGGUUAUGGGUGUGAAGGGUCUUACCCUUUACCACCUCAAGAGCCACCUUCAGAAAUUUAGGCUUGGCAAGCAGCCCCACAAGGAAUUCAAUGAUCACUCGAUUAAGGAUGGUAUGAGAGCUUCGGCUUUAGAACUGCAACGAAACACUGCUUCAUCUUCUGCCAUGAUUGGCCGCAACAUGAAUGAUAACUCACACAUGGUUGAUGCGAUUAGGAUGCAAAUAGAGGUGCAGAGAAGAUUGCAUGAACAACUUGAGGUUCAGAAACACCUUCAGCUAAGGAUUGAAGCACAAGGGAAAUACAUGCAAAGUAUAUUGGAGAAGGCUUAUCAAACACUUGCCGGUGAAAACAUGGCAUCUGCUGCUACUAACUUAAAGGGUACUAUUGGACCUCAUCAAGGGAUCCCUGACAUGGGAGUGAUGAAGGAAUUUGGUUCCCCUCUUGGUUUUUCUUCUUUUCAAGAUCUUGACAAUAUUUAUGGAGGUGACCAAAUUGACCUUCAGCAGAACAUGGAGAAGCCAUCCCUUGAUCAUGGGUUUAUGCCAAUUAAUGAGAGUUUAUGUUUGGGAAAGAAGAGGCCUAACCCUUAUAGUGGGAGUGGGAAAAGCCCUUUGAUUUGGAGUGAUGAUCUUAGGCUUCAGGAUUUGGGGCCAGCCUCAUCAUGCCUUGGUCCUCAAGAUGACCCUUUCAAAGGUGAUCAAAUUCAGAUUGCACCUCCAGCAUCAUUAGAUAGAGGCACUAGUACCGAUAUUGAUCCCAUGUCUGAGAUCUAUGACUCAAAGCCUGUGCUUCAGGGUGAAGCUGUAGUGGGGGAUAAAAAAUUCGAUCCAUCUAUGAAGCUUGAAAGGCCAUCACCAAGAAGAGCACCUCUUCAGGCUGAAAGGAUGAGUCCUAUGAUCAGUACUGGUACCAUGGCCCAAGGUAGAAACUCACCAUUUGGGUGACUGAGAAUUAUAGUUUUAAUUAGAUCAUUUGGUUAUGUUAUGUGUAAUUGAUGACUUGAUGUAAAACUCUCUAAAUAGUAUGAUAUCUAGGGUUUUGAAUUCGGUCUUGGAAAUUAGCAGUUCAUACGAGGGCUAUUUCCUCCCUCAUGUACUGUGAUGUGGUAUAAUGCCUGCAUGGCAAAUUAAACCAAAGUCUUAUUCUAACUAAUAUAAUUAAAGCACGUAUAAAUGUGCUUGAAUGUG